CAUGCGAUGAAGACUGCUGUCUUCGCACGUCGCUUUUGCUCCCAAAUCAAAACCACUCUUCUAUGCAUCGCCAUCGUUCAAGCGAUCUGGUCAGCACAUUGGUUUUUCAUAUUCGAAGGCCACCCUUUCAUUCCGCAGGCAGUAGCUGCUCAUGCCACUGCCAUCUAUCACCGCACAUAUAAAUAGGUUUCUCUUUUCCGUCACUUCUCUGUUCCUCAUUUUCUCAUACAUGUAUUCACACCCAAUAGUCCGUCACUCCUCUGGACACUCUGUUGGGAAUAAGUU